AUGCCUUUAGAAGAGAUUCGUUACGUUACCAAAGUAGACCUUGCCAAGCCUGGUUAUGAACAGCCCCAAGUGCACAAUAGAUGGCAUCCAGAUGUUCCAUUUUCUGAAACAAUUUAUCCUGGUGAAACUGUCAAGAUUGAGUGUUUGGAUUGGACCGGGAACCAAAUCAAGAAUGAUGAUUCAGCUGAUGAUAUUUUAAAUGUUGAUCUUACUAGAAUUCACUACAUCUCUGGUCCAUUUAACAUUGAAGGUGCUGAGCCAGGUGAUGUCUUGGUUGUUGAAAUCAAAGACGUUCAGCCAUUGGAUAGACAACCUUGGGGAUACUGUGGUAUCUUUCACAAGAAAAACGGUGGUGGAUUUUUGGACAAGUUCUAUCCCGAAGCUGCAAAAGCCAUAUUUGAUCUUGAAGGUAUUCAUGCUACAUCGAGACAUAUCCCACAUACUAAAUUCACGGGUUUAAUCCAUCCAGGUAUUAUGGGCACUGCCCCCUCUCAUGAAGUCUUGAAAGAAUGGAAUCAAAGAGAGGUUGGUUUGAUCAAUGACAUUCAACAUGAAUAUGAAACUGCGGUUGCAUUACCACCAUUGGAAAUGAAUGCCCAUUCUGGUAGUGCCACCGGAGAGCUUGCUGCACGUAUUGCUAAAGAGGGUGCAAGAACUAUCCCGGGAAGACCAGAAAAUGGUGGCAAUUGUGAUAUCAAAAACUUGUCAAGAGGCUCCAAAUGUUACUUCCCUGUGUAUGUUAAAGGUGCCAAAUUCUCUGUUGGUGACUUGCACUUUUCACAAGGUGAUGGAGAAAUUUCAUUUUGUGGUGCAAUUGAAAUGCCAGGUGUCUUGUCCAUCAAAACUUCUGUGAUUAAGGGAGGAAUGGAAAAGCUUUCCAUAAAAAGUCCGAUAUUCACUCCGGGAGACGUUCAAAAUCACUAUGGCCCUUCUAGAUACUUGACAUUUGAAGGGUUUUCCGUUGAUGAAGAAGGUAAUCAAAAGUAUCUUUGUGCAACCACAGCUUACAGACAAGCAUGCAUUCGAGCAAUUGAAUACUUGAGAAAAUUUGGCUACAAUGAUUACCAGAUCUACUUGUUGUUAUCUACUGCUCCAAUUGAGGGACAUAUUGCUGGAGUUGUUGAUGUGCCAAAUGCUUGUACAACACUUGGCAUUCCAAUGGACAUUUUUGACAUUGAUGUUAGCCCAGAAGGAAGCUUGAAGUCGUACAACAUGGGAAAUUGUGCAUUGGUGAGCAACGCAAACCAUUCACUCACCUACAAUUUUAAGUAG